GAGAAGCCCAACUUCUUCUUCUCUCUCUUCUCUGGUCCGCCCAGUGCCCAACCCACCACCACCGCCUCGUCUCAGACAAGCUCACACCCCUCUCUCUCUUUCUCUCUGAAACUUUCAUCACCAUCAAAAACUCAGAACGCCUUUUACCUCCACUCUACAGCUUUGUGCCGUUGAAGGUCGCAAACUGAGAUAAAUUGAAGCCAUGGGUUCGUCUUCAACCGACGCUUUUCCACAAAUGCAGGAAAUUAUGCUGGAGUUUCGAGCUGGUAAAAUGACUUUUGAGGGGAAAAGGGUUAUUCCUGAUACUCGUAAAGGACUUGUUCGCAUAGCAAGGGGUGAGGAGGGUUUGGUGCAUUUCCAGUGGCUUGAUCGGAAUCAAAAUGUAGUUGAAGAUGAUCAGAUUGUUUUUCCUGAUGAGGCAGUUUUUGAAAAGGUUAAUCAAGCAUCAGGAAGGGUGUACAUACUGAAGUUCAACACAGAUGAUAGGAAGUUUUUCUUUUGGAUGCAGGAGCCGAAAGCUGAAGAUGACACACAGUUAUGUACCUCCGUUAAUUACUACAUCAAUCGACCGAUAGAAGAGAUACUUGAAGAAGAAGGCCCUGAUGGCUCAGUUCCUCUCACAGCUGGUGAUAUGUUUGAAGAUGAUAUUUCAUCAAGAGCUGGAAUCUUGGUGGAACCAAACUUGGGUGCGGAAGCAAGUAGCGAUGUAACCUCUUCAUCUGGCCCAGUGAAGCUGGAAGAUCUUCAAAGAAUCUUGAGUAACAUCGAUCGUGCAGAUAGUGCUGGGGAUCCAGAUGGAGGCAUAAAUUUGGAGGAUAUAUUGACACCUGAUUUGAUUCUGCCAUUGAUUGAGACAUUGCCACUGCAACAGAGUUUAGGAUCUUACUUGCCUGAGGGUCAAUGGUCUCCGGAGGAUAUAUUGGAGUUGCUGCAGAGUCCACCAUUCCGCCAACAAAUGGAUUCAUUCAAUUAUGUACUUCGAACAGGACAGAUAGAUUUGACUCAGUUUGGUAUUGACCCAAGUAAAUAUAAGUUCACAGUAUUGUCUUUUCUUGAGGCACUCGAGGAUUCAGUUUCAAAAACAUCCGAGGAAUCAAUGCAAGACGACAAGGAUUUAAGAUCUGAAUCUUGUAAUCCCAUGGAUGAAUCCCAGUAGUUCAGGCACAUUUUGAACGUUUCUGUUCAUUUGGCCUUCUCGUUCUGUAGGACUUAUAUCUGGUCUCCCUGUAACUUUUGUAUACAUGGCUCGUUCAAGAAAGGAAAAGAAGCAACAAGAAAGGAUAAUUUUUUUUUUUCUUUUAAUUAGAUUUCCUUGUGUUUCAUAGAGAGAUCAAUAAACAUCAUAUUCAAAAGGUUUAUUUUCUAUUUA